AUGAAUCGAGUGAUUGAGUUGAAAAAAUUGCUGAAUGGGACAUCAAGUGGCUGGGACUUGAUCGUUCAAAAUAGGGGGCCGAGUCAGCGACGACGAGGCGAGAUAAUCGGGCAAAUUGGCGGGCAAUCAUCUCUCGGCCCGCUCGACGCCCGUCUUGUCCGAGUACACGCAAUUGGCUCCCUCUCACUCUUGCGUAGCAAUUGUUCUUCUCCU